GUGAGUAGCGGAUAUUUUGUAUUGAACUCUGGUACUUUACUUUGUAAUUCAUGGGGUGGGUGUGAAGGUUGUAGCCUUGUUGCCUUGUAGGAAGAGAUGAAGAGAAUUGGAGCUUGAUAUCAGUACUGCGACAGUUGAUAUCCAUAUAUUGGGGUUGGGGCUAUGGACGUCUGAGUAUAGAGGAGGAAGGGGCCGAGGGAGGAAUUAUUUCAAGAUAGAGGGUAGCAGGUAUUCACACACACAGAGAGAGAGAGAGAGAGAGAGAGAGAGAGAGAAAGAGAGAGAGAGGAAGAAAGGAUGGAGACACAGAAUGAAAUGAAGCAGUCCAAAUUCAAAAGGAUUUGUGUCUUCUGUGGGAGUAGCCAUGGUAAGAAGAGCAGCUACCAAGAUGCUGCUAUUGAGCUUGGGAAAGAACUGGUGUCAAGGAACAUUGAUCUGGUUUAUGGAGGGGGAAGUGUGGGCUUGAUGGGUUUGGUUUCACAGGCUGUUUAUAAUGGUGGUCGGCAUGUCAUUGGAGUUAUUCCCAAGACGCUCAUGCCUCCAGAGAUAUGUGGUGAAACAGUAGGGGAAGUGAAGGCAGUUGCAGAUAUGCACCAAAGGAAGGCAGAGAUGGCUAGACGGUCAGAUGCCUUUAUUGCAUUACCGGGCGGCUAUGGGACUCUUGAAGAGCUACUUGAAGUGAUAACCUGGGCUCAACUAGGCAUACAUGAUAAACCGGUAGGAUUACUGAACGUUGACGGUUACUACAAUUCAUUGCUGUCAUUCAUUGACAAAGCUGUAGAGGAAGGCUUUGUUAGUCCAAGUGCACGCCAUAUUAUUGUAUCAGCCCCUACAGCGAAGGAACUAGUGAAGAAAUUGGAGGAGUAUUUUCCUCGCCAUGAAAAAGUUGCAUCACAGUUGAGUUGGGAGAUGGAACAGCUCGGCUACUCUUCCAAGUGUGAUAUCUCUUGAUAAGGAGCAUGUGUUUGUGGAGGAAAGGAACUAAUUUGAAAGACCAAAGGAAAUCCACAAUGAUGAAAAAUCAUUUUGUAGAAAGCAAAUGGCCUCAAUAUAUGAAACUUCAUUAUUCCCUUUUUGUUUUA